AUGCCGCUCGAUGCGAAUCUCUACACGCUCGAUCUGAAGCCUAUCACGCAAGGCGUCGCAUUGCAGCAUCACGGCGACGUUGUCUACCUCUUGCGCGCACCGCAUGACAGCGAGGAGUCUCUCACGUUGUACGAUGGCGCGACAGAAGCACAGCUUGCAAGUCUGGUCUAUGUGACCGUGCGCGCUCGACGUAUCACGCUCGUCAAUCCGACUCAGCAUGUGCAGAUGGAAGUGCCCACAGGCGCUCUGUCUGCCCUCAAGGGCUUUCGCUGGACAUUUCGAUUCGAGAAUCUCAAAUUUUAUUGGGAUCGCGAGGUCGUGCUGGGCAGUCAGCAGAGGUCCUACUCGCUCUGGCUAAGAAGAGCGCCCGAACCGGAUUGGCAAUUGAUGAUCUGCAAGCCUGCGAGAGCGAGCCUGGAAGCAGACGAAGGUCUCGCUGCUACGCUUACUAUUCUCGACUACAACCUCAACAGGGCAGGGCCUGCAGAGAUGGAAGACCGUAAAGGUUUCGAGCUCGUCGCGCUCAUCACGCUUGCCUCCUUUUUGGCGCCUACGAUUCCAUCCAUCGCGCCCCCUACAGUACCGGUCGAGACAGCUAGGAAGACACCCGCGCCUGUGGUCAAACCCGCAGCUGCCGCAGCAAAGCCAGGCUUAACGACGCCAAGCGUGCCUCGACCCAAACCGCGCUCGCCCGUGCCAACGGCAACGAAUGAGAUUACCGUCAGCGAGCACAGCGAGACGGUGCUGUUGCUCAAGCAAGCUGACAGCAUCUUACGAGAUCCUACGAUCGUCUUCAUCAAGCUGCUCGCCCAAGGCGGCGCAGUACCGAUAGCCGUCAAGCUUGCCUCAGAAAUCAAGCGACAGAUCCUCAAGCAACGAGGAGGAGAUCUGUGGAUGUAUCUCGUCGAUACGAGGUCCUCAAAGACCUUGCCUACUGCAGCAAAUACGGACACCGGCCUUUCGCGAACGCUCAGCAAGCUCAAGUCAUAUAAGCAGCCAGAGACCAUCACCAUCUACCUCUCGCGAAUGCCGCUGGCUGAACUGGACCCCAAGAAAGCCAAAUGA